AUGCGGUCCAAAUCUCUGUCGCUGCAGAGCAUACUCUUUGCUGGCGAGGUCAUGAAAGCACCUCCGAUGCCUGCUUUGAGGAAGAAACCACGCCAGUAUGAGAUGGGCUGGAAGACUCUCCCAGAGCGAAGGUUCGUCUUUGAUCCCAAGAGCUUCCUUCCUGUGCCUCGAGGUGGCUGGGACUUACAUGACCCCAGCUGGCCAGACAUCAUUCCAUCUGGACGGCGAGGGUUAGUGCCAUGCCGGUCACUCAGACUCCAGAGUUUGAUCUGUUGUGAAUAG